AUUGUAAUAAACAAGUAGGAUGUCCUUUUUGAUAGACUUGAGUCUAUGUGGCAUCUUUGAGGGGAAUGAGACAGAUUCACCCAAGACAUCCUAUAUCGUUUCCAAUGUUGGUCACAGAACUCAUGGCCUACAACUUCUCAGUAGACAAGCUGGUGAUGACUCAUGUUAAUCAGCAUAAUGAAUUGAUCUGUGCCAUGUGCAUUCAAUAUCAAUAUAAGUGAACAUGCUACAUUUGUUUCUGUCAUUGUCCUGCAAAUAACUUAGUGAAUUCAUGUUUCUUUUGAUGCUCUAUAUACAAUGCUGAGAAAAAGUUUACCCAGCCCCUUAGAUUGGCCAUAUUCCCCAUAUGUUUCAGACAUAAAACGUAAUUAGAUCUUCAUGGAUGUCUUAAUAAAAGAUUAAGAUAAACAAAUACCACAAACACAAACUAAGAAUACAUACAGUAUGUGAAUCCUUAGAUAUAGCAGCUCAUGGCACCCUUCAGACACUUCAACAUGUCUUCUAUCAGUAGAUCCCCAGCCCCACUGUCAAGCACGGUGGUGGGAGCAUCAUAAUUUUGGUCUGCUUUGCUGUCUCAGGACCCAUCACUGAUGGAACCAGGAAUUUGGGGUUGAAGACUUAAAUAGAUAUUAGGUCUCAAACAAGAAUUCCCACCAGCCCGGGGGGUUCACAAUCGUUUUCUCUGCGCAGUGGAAAAGAUAGUACAAUCACCUGUGUCAAGAGAAUAAAAAUAAAUUCAAACAGGCUGCCAUUUUAGAAUUAAUGGUUUGUGGUAAAUUAUUGCAAAGGGCACUAUAAGAAAUAAAAAUGGAGUUUUAAAGUAAAAUUGUGGUACAUAAAAUGUAGACAAUAUUUACAUUUUAUUUCACUUCUUAAAACUGAUCUUUUUAGUAACAGAAAAUGGUAUGCCAGAAGUACUUUGUAUAUAUAUACUUUAUAUGUAAUGUGAUCAUUUAACUUAUAGAAGUGUCAUAAAAUAAUCAGUGUUCUGUGACAAAACGUUUUCUGAACAUAAGCCUACCAGCACCACAGACAUUAACCCUUCACUCAGCUGAAUAAAGUGUCAGUUGUCAGAGGUGGAAAUUCCUCUCACAAUCCCUGUCCACCCAAUCUUGAAACGUAUGGUAUGAAUGGUAAAAAAAUGGUAAAAUCUAAGCUUCGAGUGUGACAAUUUUUGCCAUAUUAUUGCCUCCAAAAGUAUGCACCUUAACUGUUGCACCCUGGUUGAAGGCAUGAUUAACAUUUCUACAUUUUGUUGUAGCUCUCUCUUCUAAUCACUUAUUAUUCACCAUCAUUUAAGUUCCACUUUUCUGCAGCUUGCGGCAACAAAAGCAGCUCCUUUGUCAAAUGUUUUUUAUACAUGAUUUCCAAAUGAACAAAGAUUACAUUAUGAAUAGCUGAUUCAUACUGAGGAUCUGGAAAGCAGCGUGGCAGGCGAGUAUUGCAAUAGCAGCCAACCUGCCAAUAGAGACCGGCAGAGUUAGAGUCAUUAGAGGCCUCUAUCAGUUGAAAAUACACACAGGUGCUAAUUAUUUAAUGUAGGAGAUUGUUGGUGGUAAAUUUAGCAUUCUCACAUGAUGUUCUUUAGUGGAAUAUUUGGGUAUAAAAGAGGUUUCACAGAGCUGGAGGUGGUAGUCUUUUCGAUAUUGGUCUGUGUAGGCUGCAUUAAAGUCUAUCUGUUGGAAAGCUGUAAAGGAGCAAGUAAAGGUUUAUUCCAUGCUGAAUAUGUUUUGGCUGUGGAGGUGUAAGGGAGAGAGGAAAACCAGCAGAUGAUAAAGAAUGUGUGAAUGAAGAGAGGAGGUGGAAGCAGGAGAGAAGCAGUGAUGAACUAAAGAUGGAUGAGGGGAGGUGUGAAAGCCUGCAAAUGAACAGAAAGGAUAAGAAGGAAAUGAGUCUGUCGCUGAGAGAAGAGAGAAAGUGUGAUACUAGUUUCAGGAUAGUUUUGGUUUUGAAUGUCUUUCUGCAAUGGGAGUUCUGAAACUCUUCUGUGAGAAUGCAGGUGGAGAGAUCAGCGUGAAGUGGGAAACUGUGGGCUUGCAGAGAUCUUUGAUCCUCACAGCCCGGACAUGUUCCCGGAAACUGUCUCAUCAAUGUAAAUAGCCGGGCGUUUUCUGCAAGAGAUGCAGUAAGUAAGGUUGCUGCAUACAGUAGCGUUGUGUUGUGCGUAGUGUUGGAUAUAUAUUGACAGGUGAUGCAAUGCGUUCUAUUGCUGGGGAAAGUGCCUGGUGUGGAUGAUUGCUGAGGGCGGUCAAGGGAAUCGUGCUCAAGAAGGUUCAGUAGAGUAGGUGGUCGGCGAUAUGAGAUGAUGGGGCGGUCAGAAAAAUGGUGUACUAGUGGAGGGAUCAUCCUGUAAGCUGGGGAAGUUGUCAUUUAUAGUCCUGGGGAAAGAGAGGGUGUUAGGGUAGUAAGGAAGCACCAAUGGAGUGCGGUUGUGAGUCCAGGAUUUACUGAUUGGAUCCAAGGGCUAUUCUUGGCUUGGGAGGGGACCCAGUCAAUAACAUGGGUGGGGUAAAGCUGUUGAAAAUCCUACAAUGAAGUCUCCUGCGCUGUCCAAUACCGUAGACAUGAGUUUUGAUUUGAUAAGAUCCUUGGGUCCACCUUUUAGGUACUUUUGAACAAUCUGAUCUUUAUGGAUACCACCAUACCAAAUGAAAACAUUUGCAAUCAUGGAAUAAUAAUGAUUCCUUACUCUUGCAUAGCUCUUUUUUUGGACACUCCACUCAAAGUGCUUUACAGGGACUACCCCAUUGAACACUCAUUUGGAUGUGCUUUCAAAGCUGCCCUUCCAGCCUUAACAAUAGGGUGAAUGACAAUCUAUCACUCGGUGCUGAAAGAGUUAACAGACCAGAAUACACAGAGAUUGGAAUUUGCACUUUCGAGAACAAACAAAUAGAUCGGACAGCUACUGUAGCAUUAAAACUGCAAUACAACAGUCAUUUCCCCUCUGCCAGUUAUCUUUCCCUCCCUCAUAGAUCAUUCUGUUUUUUUUAAUAGCGACAUACUGGAUGCAUUGACUCCUUUCCUUUCUUGCUGUGUCUAUCACUGUCUGAGACACUUGUGACUCUUCCAAGCCAUGUUUUGUAAGAACAAUAAAUUUCUCUCCCUCUCUCGCUGCACUGUGAUCUUUCUGUAGCAUCUGGCAGUCGGUUACUGUGUCUUUGUAUUUUUUAGCACUGCUUGGCUAGGCAGUGCUACAUGGGGGGGGAAAAAGGAAGAUUUGGACUGAUCCAACAGAAACGACAAAUAAGGCAGAGUAUGAGGCUGUUCAUCAAUGUUCCAUGGUUGCUGUGUGUGUUCCAGUGUUGGGGAGUUGUGAUUUCAGGGUCCAUCCCAGUACUGCAUGGGGAAGUGCAGUCACCUGGUUACCCUGCUCCUUAUCCUCCAUUCCUUAAUGAAAUAUGGGACCUGUUGGUACCCCAGGGGUACACCCUCAACCUCACAUUUCAUCACUUUGAUAUUGAGCCCUCAAACAACUGCGACUAUGACUCCCUCAUGGUCAUGUUUGGAAGGAGAUUUCUCGGAGUGUUCUGUGGUCCGAAUCCCAGUUUCCAGGGUGAUCGCCCCGGCAACUAUUCCAUCAUGUCACCUGGCAACAGUCUCCGCCUGGUCUUCAGUACAGAUGACUCGUCACCAGGACCACACAGAUACAGCGGCUUCUCAGCCAUCUACCAGGCUGUGGAUAUAGACGAGUGCUCUGUAGAGGCCGAGAAGGGGCAGGCGUGUCACCAUGUGUGUAACAACAACCUAGGCGGGUUCUUGUGUUCCUGUCACCAUGGAUACCAGCUACAGCCUGACAAUAGCACCUGCCAGCCUGUAGACUGUGGCUUUCCUGUGGCAAAGAAUGGGACACUACGAGUGGUCAGUGAGAACCCCAAAACUUUGUACCAGGACGAGAUACGGUUUGAGUGCGAGUCCAAAUAUUACAGACUGGAGGGAGACGAUGUGUACAGAUGUGAAGCUCAGGGUUACUGGAUGUCUUUGAAUGGCAGUGUGGAUUUGCCCAAAUGUGUUGCAGUGUGUGGAGAGCCUGAGAAUGAGUACUCUGAUUUCGGCCGUAUCUUUGGAGGCAGAGAGGCAGAACUGGGUCAGAUCCCCUGGCAGGUCUAUGUUGAAGAUAAAAGAGGAGGAGGAUCUCUGAUCUCUGACCGAUGGGUCCUCACAGCUGCUCACGUGGUUGAGGGCAAGGACAGUCUGCUGAUGUACGGGGGGACAGCGGACAUUGAGAAUAUAGAGAGCUCCAAGAACACUGUAACUAUGGAGAGUGAGAAGAUCUUCAUCCACCCAGGAUACCCAAAAGCCCCAACAAUUGGGAAACGCACCAAUUAUGACAACGACAUCGCCCUGGUCAGACUGAAAUCCCGCGUACCCCUGGGACCCCAUCUGCUCCCCAUCUGUCUCCCCGAGAGGAAAGAUGAUGGGACUCUGAUUUCCGAAAGACUGGGGUUUGUUUCAGGAUGGGGCAGGACAGAACAUGGCACACUGAGCUCGAAACUGUUGUAUGUUGAGAUCCCUGUGAAGGACAGAGACACCUGCUCUAAGAACAAAGAUGGAAAACCACUGGAGCAGAUGUUCACUGAGAACAUGUUCUGUGCUGGUGAGAAGGAUAAAGAUAGCUGCAGUGGAGACAGUGGGGGUCCCUUCUUCCUCCAAGAGUUUCAGAGAGGAGCAGGAGGAGAGAUAGAAAGGGGUCCAUUCCGUCUCUACGGCAUUGUGUCCUGGGGAAUAAUCUGUCAGGAGAGGGGUUACUACACUAAAGUGGACAAUUACCUGGACUGGAUCAGAGAGACUAUUGAGAGGGAGGAGAAUAUAAACGAGUGCACUACAGAGUUUGACAAAGGGUACAUGUGUCACCAUUUCUGUUCCAACACCCUGGGUGGGUUUGUGUGCUCCUGUCGCCAUGGAUACCAGCUACAGCCUGACAACAGCACCUGCUUCCAUGUGUACAGAUGUGAAGCUCAGGGCUACUGGAGGUCUUUGAAUCGCAGUCGGGAUUUGCCAAAAUGUGUUGCAGUGUGUGGAGAACCUGAGAUUGAGAACUCUGAUUUCGGACGUAUUUUUGGAGGCAGUGAGGCAAAGCUGGGUCAGAUCCCCUGGCAGGUCUAUGUUAAUGAUCCAAAAGGAGGAGGAUCUCUGAUCUUCGACCGAUGGGUUCUCACAUCUGCUCAUGUGGUCGAGGGGAAGGACAGUCUGCUGAUGUUUGGGGGGACAGUGGACAUUGGCCAUUUAGGGGACUCUAAUAACACUGUAACUCUGGAGAGUGAGAAGAUCUUCAUCCAUCCAGGAUACCUAGAAUCCCCAACAACUGGGAGACGUACCAAUUUUAACAACGACAUCGCCCUGGUCAGACUGAAAUCCCACGUACCCCUGGGACCCCAUCUUCUCCCCAUCUGUCUCCCAGAGAGGAGAGACGAUGGGACUCUGAUUCCUGAAAGACUGGGGUUUGUUUCAGGAUGGGGCAGGACAGAACAUGGCACACUGAGCUCGAAACUGUUGUAUGUCAAGAUCCCUGUGAAGAACAGAGCCACCUGCUCCAAUAGGAAAGAUGGAAAACCAUUGGUGCAGAGUUUCAGCGAGAACAUGUUCUGUGCUGGUGAGCAGGGCAAAGAUAGCUGCAGUGGAGAUGGUGGUGGUCCCUUCUUCCUCCGAGAGUUUCGGCGAGGAGCAGGAGGACAGAUAGAAAGGGGUCCAUUCCGUCUCUACGGCAUUGUGUCCUGGGGAAUGAUCUGUCAGGAGAGGGGUUACUACACUAAAGUGGACAAUUACCUGGACUGGAUCAGAGAGACUAUUGAGAGGGAGGAGAGCUAGAGAUAUUUGAACAAGAGUAGACUAAAUUAGAUGUUAGAGCACCAGAUUUGUUGGUUUACAUGGUACAACAAGUUGUUACAUUCAUGUUGGAUAAUCGUUUUCUUUGUAGGCUGAAUUAGCCUAAUUUCGAUUAGAUUUUGAGUUAAAUGAAGCAUUUUGAUACAUGAGCAAAGUGGAUAAUUAAACUCUUGAUCCAGAGUGCCGAAAACCUAUGGUAUUAACAGUAAGAACGUGUUAGAAAGCUUUCAGAGGUUCUAAAGAAAAAUAAAAGCACUUGAUAUGGUAGUCUGAUUUUCUCAUUUGCUGUUGUCCGCACACAGUCUUAGUGGAAAGUGCAGCUCUGUAUUGUGUUAAGUGAAAUAGAAUUCUCUGAAUUAGCUUGAUUUCUGGUCUCUUCCCACAGCUUGAACUGCAGAAGUAUACAUCAGAUUGUAAGUCCGGCAAUGACUUUGCCGAUACCUUUGAGGAGGUUACAUAGUAUCAGGUCCCUUCACAGCCGUCUUUGCCCAAGACCCUGUGCAGCAAAGCACCCCAACCCAUGAUAGUUCCACCACCAUGAUUGGUUGUUGGGAUGAGGUCUUCUGUAGAAGACAGUUUUUGGUUUUUACUACACAAAAUGUUUCUUGGAGAGGCCUAAAAGUUCACAAGUCCAGAGAACAUUCUACCAGACAUCUUGUGAAAACAUGGACAUCAGUCAUAGUAUUAUUUUUGUGCUUUACAUCUCAAAUAUAAGAGAAUUUGGACUAAGGUAGGGAUUUCAUUAACAUUUGCACUGUGCCAUAUUGAAGAUAAUACCAUUAACUGAAUAUACUGACCUUUAAAAUUAACUUCUAACAGUCUUCCAUGGUAGAAUUUGUGCCCUAUGGAAAUCUGCAAUUAUUCUAUGGCAAUCCAUUGUAAAGGGCACGAUAACCAAGAUUGAUUUAUAAAGUAUGACGAUGAAUGUGUAGUUUAUAAAAUGGAGACAAUACAUUUUAUUACAGUUCUUUUUAGUGAUAGAAAAUAGUAUUACAGAAAUACUCUAAAAGUGAUCUGAUCAUAUUAAGCAGUACAUAAAGUAAGAAUGUAGUCGACUUGUAGUAGAAUGUAGUAAUGAUACAUGGUAAUCAGAGUUUUGUAACAGCAUACUUUCAAACACAGUGUCAGUGGUAACUUCAAAAAAGAACUCUUGGGUUACAGCUCUCGCAGACACACACCUGUCUUUCCACCCCUGUAUCCCUGGAAUACUCAAUCCAUUUAAAGUAAAAUAGAGACCAUAAACGGGACUUAAGCAAGAACUUAAUUCUAAGCAAAAAUGGUAAUUUACCAUAUUGCAAAGCAAACAACUCAUAUUCCCUGCUUUGAGUCCACAAAUUUGGCUACACUUUUAGCCCAAAUAGUAAGCAUCCUAAUUUUCAUACCCUGGUAUCUGGCGGGAUUAUACAUUUUUACAUUUUCAUUGCUGUCAUACAGACCCUAAUAAUCUGUCAUUUCAAUUUCAAAAUUUUGAAACUUCUGGCAACAACAGCAACUCCUUUGACAAAGGACUUUUAUACAUAGUUUCAAAAUUUUAAAAGCUUGCAUUAUUAAUAAUUGCUUGAGUCAUCAGGUGGGGAGUAUUUUAUCCCUUAAAUGUUAGGUGUCUCCUAGGUCAUUAUCGUCAUUUGUUUUUAUCUUCAGUGCGUUUAUGCAUAACAAGGGGUGUGGAAUGCCAAUCUUUAAAGGGAAUGUAAUUGUCCUGAACUUGUAUUUUUAUGGCUCCCUCCUAGUGGUAGCUCUUUUGAUUUUCUAUAUCUUGUUCUGUAAAUAACUUCCUAUGUUAGGUCUUACAACAUGAAGUAGUAUAAAAUUAUAGCCGGAAGGUUUGAAGUUAGUGCACAAGUGUGGUAUUCCUUAUAUAUCUGUGUUCUGUGGCCAUAAGUAUUCAUUAUGUAACACUUCAUACCCUUCUAUUUUUUAAGAUGAAUGUAAAAUAUUUUUG